AGCAUCUCUGCAACCAGAGUACGCGCGCGCUGUAUGGAUUUGGCUUCGUUUUACAAAGUGAAAACAGAAGAUUUGAGAGUCGACACGAGCAAAGAAAGACUUCAUUGUUACAACAAUGUCUGGACCAAAGAAUAUCCAAGACCCAUUAUUCCCUGAGAUACCCAAGACCUAUGGUAUCACCGGUCCCAUCAGCGAGGAUCUGCCGGAAGAGGGGGACUUGAUCCAGAGCAGAAAACUGAGUGAAAGUCUCAGAGCAUAUGAUAUAUUUGAGGACGACUUGCAGCUGCGACACAGAGAGAACGUUGUCAAGCGGCUGGAGUCAGUCUACAAAGACUGGCUUAAAGAAAUGUGUAAAGAAAUGAACUUACCUGAGGUUGUUACUGACAAUGUUGGAGGUAAGAUCUCUCCAUUUGGCUCCUUUCACCUGGGAGCUCACACCAAAGGUGCUGAUAUUGAUGCCCUUUGUGUCGGACCUGGAUUUCUGGAGAGAAAAGACUUCUUCACUUCCUUCUAUGAGAAGCUGAAAGCCCAGAAGGAGGUCACAGACAUACAGGCCGUCGAAGAGACGUUUGUCCCUGUCAUCAAGCUGUGCUACGACGGGACUGAGGUGGACUUAGUCUUUGCCCGGCUGCUGCAGAGGUCCAUUCCAGAAGAUCUCAAGCUCUGCAACGACGAGCUCUUGAAGAACCUGGAUAAACUCUGCAUCAGGAGUCUCAGUGGAUACAGAGUGACAGAGGAGAUCCUCAGCCUUGUGCCUAAUGUUUAUAACUUCAGGCUGACUUUGAGAACCAUCAAGCUGUGGGCCAAACGUCGUAACAUUUACUCCAACAAGCUGGGCUUCCUGGGCGGUGUAUCGUGGGCCAUACUGGUCGCCAGGAUUUGUCAGCUAUUUCCAAAUGCCACAGCUUCCACCCUGGUGACCAAGUUUUUCAAGAUCUACUCAAUGUGGGUGUGGUCCGUCCCAGUUUGCUUGAGGGAGGUGAAAGACUGCCGCUACAACCUUCCUUUCUGGGACCCCAGGGUGAAUCCAAGUGACCGCUGCCACAUCAUGCCCAUCAUUACCCCGGCAUACCCACAGCAGAACACGUCCUACAACGUGUCUCCCUCCACCUUCACAAUCAUAACGGAGGAGAUCAAACGGGGCCACGCCAUCGCUCAGGAGAUCCAGCAGGGAAAAGCCACCUGGUCCAAGCUCUUUGAGACUCCAGAGUUUUUUGAGAAAUACCAGCAUUACGUUCUGCUCCAAGUGACGUCCACCACAGACAAGCAGCAUAUUGGAUGGACGAGCCUGGUGGAGUCUAAAAUCAGACUCCUGGUGGGAAUUCUGGAGAGGAAUGUGAACAUUUCAUUGGCUCACAUUAAUCUACAGAUGUUCCCUGGACCCAGGAAGAACAACAAAGAGGGAGGGAGCACAGUUUGGCUUAUUGGACUCGUCCUAAAUACAGACGGGUCCAAAAACCAGAAGAUAGACCUGACCUCUGACCUCCUCUCUUUCACUGAUGCCAUCUACACCCAGGCAAAGACCAGUGAAGUGUAUGAAGAGGGAAUGACUGUAUCAGCCAAAUACAUGCAGAGGGAGAACCUUUGCUGGAAGAUGCCUGAUGGUUCACGGAAAAAGGUUUUCAGCCCGAAACCACAGCCUGCAGUGAGCCACCAGAUCUCUGCACCAGCAAACCUCACAGCACCUGAGGGCGCGUGUCACCCAGGCACAAAGAGAAAAGGCUGGCCUCAGUCUGAGAUGCCAGCUAAGAAGAUCAAGACUGACAAGGAAUCGGUGUCUGUGUCCACAGCCACUCCCUCCUCCAUGACUCCACAGGCCACAAAAAGACCUCGUUCUCCGAGUUCAGAAGAGUCAACAUCCAAGAGGAUCAAACUUGACACUGAACCACACGAGGAGACAAAACAAACCUGCCAUGACGAGUCAGGCGUCUCGCUCAGUAAGAGUCCGUCUCCAAGCAAAAAGAGACCUGGCACUCCUGAGCUUGAGACGCCGACAAAGAAACCCAGAUAUGACCUGAAUCAGCCCACUGUUGAGCUGAGUGAGCAGCUUCCCGGCCCCGCCAAACCUGUCAGUGUGAAGAAAGGCUCCAUCAAACUACACCUCGUCAGGUACAGCACAGAAUCAUGA